AUGCCGACCCUGAGAACACGACUCUGCCAGGCCGCGCGGAAGCUGGAGGGCACGCUGCGGAGCGAGCGCAGCGCGUGGGAGGCACAGAGCGCGAAGCGCGACCAGGAGCUCGAGCAGAAGAGCCAGGAGGUCCGAGAACGAGAGAACGAGCUUCGCAAGAAGGAGCGGGAGGCGGACUCUCUCAGGGACCAGGCCCGCAAGCUCGAAGACCAGGUCCGCCAAGAGCGGAGAGCCUCCGAGGAGCUGCAGUACAAGAACCAGACCCUGGUGCAGGAGCUCCACCUGCGAAACCGCCAGCUCCAGGAGCAGUCCGAGGAACUGGCGAAGUUCAUCUACGAGCUUGACGCACAGACGAGGGGCGACAUCCCCAGUGUGAUCAAGGAGGUGAGACAGGCACGGGAGGAGGAUCCGGAGCUCGCGCAGCUCAAGGAGAUGCUCGUGAAGUCCGAGGCUGACGUGAAGCUGCUACGCGAGUGGCAGGAGCAUGCGCAGGCUCAGAGGUAG